CCGCCCACCACCCCAGCCCCUGCCUCCUGGGCCAUGCCCCGCCGUUUACAUGCCGGUGAAGCCCCCGGCCACUCCGAGCCCCUCCGAAUCCCGGCGUCCCGACGGUGAAGCCAGCCGGCCCACGAACUGGACUGGUCGCUCAGACCUGGGCCCUCCGGACUCAGAUCCCCGCCCGCUCAGCCGCCUUCGCCACCAUCUGGGCGGGAUCGGGCUCUGAUGUUUUGAGGAGGGGGUGUGGUGUAGGGAAAGGAAUCCUGGGGAUUUCUGCCCCCCCCCUUUUUUUGGCCUUCGGGGCUUCAGACUCAGGGAACUCGCUCAUGGCUUUCUUGAUGAAGAAGAAGAAAUUCAAAUUCCAAACCACUUUCACCCUGGAGGAGCUGACUGCGGUCCCCUUCGUGAACGGAGUCCUCUUCUGCAAGGUCCGGCUGCUGGAUGGCGGGGAUUUUGUCAGCUUGUCGUCAAGGGAGGAAGUGCAGGAGAACUGCGUGCGGUGGCGGAAGAGGUUCACCUUUGUGUGUAAGAUGAGUGCCAACCCAGCCACUGGCCUGCUGGACCCUUGCAUCUUCCGUGUGUCGGUGCGCAAGGAGCUGAAAGGCGGGAAGGCUUAUUCUAAGCUGGGCUUUGCCGACUUGAACCUGGCCGAAUUCGCAGGCUCAGGCUCCACGGUGCGCUGCUGCCUGCUGGAGGGAUACGACACGAAAAACACUCGUCAGGACAAUUCCAUCCUCAAGGUCACCAUUGGAAUGCUCCUGCUAUCCGGAGACCCCUGCUUCAAGACGCCACCAUCCACUGCCAAGUCCAUCUCCAUCCCAGGCCAGGACUCCUCCCUGCAGCUGACGCGCAAGGGUGGUGGGACCAACAAUGGCACCAACUCCCUCACAGGGUCCCGGCCCCCCAAGGCGAGGCCCACCAUCCUUGGCUCAGGGGUCCCAGAGGAGCCUGAACAGAACCUGUCCAGCCCUGAGGAGGUGUUCCAUUCUGGCCACUCCCGCAACUCCAGCUAUGCCAGCCAGCAGUCCAAGAUCUCUGGCUACAGCACGGAACACUCGCGCUCCUCUAGCCUCUCAGACUUGACGCACCGCCGCAAUACGUCCACCAGCAGCAGUGCCUCUGGUGGCCUCAGUGUGACUGUGGAGGCCCCUGAGGGCAGUGAGCGUGAGCACCGGCCCCCUGAAAAGCCACCACGGCCGCCACGGCCCCAUCUGUCUGACCGUUCAUUUCGGCGGAAGAAGGACUCUGUGGAGAGCCACCCGACCUGGGUGGAUGACACUCGGAUCGACGCAGAUGACAUCGUGGAGAAGAUCAUGCAAAGCCAGGACUUUACAGAUGGCAGCAACACUGAGGACAGCAAUCUCCGGCUGUUCGUGAGCCGUGAUGGAUCCACCACGCUGAGUGGCAUCCAGCUGGCCAACAGGGUCUCCUCUGGGGUCUAUGAGCCUGUUGUGAUUGAAAGCCAUUGAGGAGCGGGUGUCCAGGCUGGAGAAGGGCCCUGCCUUUGCGGGCAUCCAGGCCCGCAUCAUUCCACGAGGGACCUUCCCCUUCGGAUCGCCAUCCGCACCACAUCUUAUCUGUGCCUCCUCCAUGCACUCCAGCCCCACUCCUGCCCCAAAGCAUCAUUCCAUUGUCCUCCCAUCCAUACCGGGACCCUCCUGGCCCACCAGGCCCCCGGCACCACUGUGAAUAUUCUCCUUUGAACCACUAGGGGGCAGGAGGUGCAGGUCCGUGAAGCAGGUGGACAAGACAAAGAUGGCCAGGACUGCCCCGCUGGAGACCAGUUUUGGCCCCUCCGCGAGGACAUGCAGCGGCACCCACCUGCAGGGAUGCCUGUGGCUAAGGGGCCCCUGGCCCUGUGUCCCUGCUCAUUCCGGGAGCAUCAGCUUAGCCAUGCCCUGGCCGGGCCUUGCUCUAUUGCCCCCUUGCCCUUGGGAGGGCCAGUCCACCCCUGAAUCCUGCCACCAUGGCCCUCUGACUGCUUUAGUGCUUCAGCUGUCCCUUCCCUGUGUCCUGGGGGACCCGCUGGCGGCCUUCUCCUGGGAACCAAGACCUCAGACCCAUCCACACUCCAGACUGAGACUCCCACCCCAACGAAUGUUCUCCUGCUGCCCUGGCAGCCUGCACUUUGCACAUGCUUGCCUCCAGCACAGCCCCACUGGCCCUUGUCUGCCUUUCCCUUGAGCCCUUCACAAGGGUUUCUGGGCACUGCUUGCUGUGCGGUCAGUGCCUACCCCUGGCAGCCCGUCUGGAACGUGGCACUGCCUCUCCCCCCCACUUUGCUCCAGCUCAGGCCUGACCCCCCUGCUGAGAAUGGUCUGAGCAUUGAUGGUGGCUCUCCUCUGCUCAGGGCUGGAUCCUGAGCAGCUGGUUUUCUGUAGGAAGCCAGAAAAGGUGCCUCCCAAACCCUCAGAGGUCAGCAGUCAGGCUGGUGGGCUGGACUUGGCAAGCAAAAGCCCCUUCUCUGUCCCUGCAGGGUCGGCUAGCCCAGGCUGGGGCUGAUGCUGGAAAGGCAGGUGGACUGUGACUGGACCAGCCUGGAGCUGGCUUCCUGGCCAGAAAAGCCUCAGCCCUCCUCUGGAAGCAUCCCUCUCUCUGGGCGAGGGAGAGGCAGGGAGCAGUCUGGCCCUGCCCCCCACCUCUCACUAAGUAAGGCCUCUGCUGUCUAUACCGCCCCCUGUCCUGUCUUCCUUACUUGCUUGAAGGUGGGUUCUGGCUGCCAGCCGGUCCCUGGACAGACUUCCCUGCCACUCUGAAAUUUCACUCAUUUUGUGUGAACCCAGCAGGCUGGUGUUUACCUAAUCCUGUAACUUUUUUCUUUUUAAAAAACAUUUCUCCUUUUUUUUUUCUUUUUUCUCCCCCCCCCCCUUUUUUUAAAAAUUCAGUUUGGUAUCUUCUCCUCCCCCAGGUGAGGGGAGGUGGUUCUGUUCUCUGCCCUACCUGCUGGCUGGGUCCCAGCAGGGCUGAGGAUCUGGAUUGAGGGACCGGUUCUCUCCCUGGUAGGGGUAUGGGCACCAGUGGGGUGUCCUCCCCAGGCUGGGAGGGCUCCUUGCCUUAUGCUCCAGCUGGCAAGAGUUGGAGCAUUUAGUGCUUCAGCUGUCCCUUCCCUAUGUCCUGGGGGACCCGCUUUGUCCUGGGGGUUCCUUUGUCUUGGAACCUCCUGGCCUUGGGAGCAGAGCAUUUCUAGAAUUCUUUGUUGUUUUUAAUCCCCUAACUCUCAGAAAAUGAAUGUGAGGAGCUGCCUGCUGAGACAGGAUGGAGCAUUUGCUCUGGUUGGAGAAGGCUCUGGUUAGCCCUGCACGUCCCUUCCUGCCCUGCAGACACCUGGCACUUUAAAAGGGGAACUGACUGUGCUGUCUCCAGAUGAAGUGACCCCCCAGAAGAUGGGAGAGCACUCUCCUUCCUGCAUGACUUCAGCACAGGGGGGAAGCACAUUCAGGGUAUAUUUGGGAUCUGGCUCAGAGUUCUGGGCUUCAUGCUUAAAACAGCUAGCUCUGGUGCUGUUGGGUAGUCCCCCAAAUCAGGAGCCCCAGCCCCAUCCUAAGCGAGGUCUGGGCUCGACCAUCACCCCAGAAGAAGACAGAGCCUGCUGCAUCCUGCCCUGCCAGGCCCCAGACCAGGGUAAUUGGACUGAGAAUUUGGCCACAUCCAAAUGAACACUAGCUGGAGCCAGAGGCCUGGAGCUUCACAGCCUCAUCCCCAUGUGGGAUCCCCUUCUUCGACAUCUGGGUCCCCUCAAGCUCAGUGAAUUCCCUCCAGGCUCCCACAGCUCCUGGACUUAAAAUUCUAUAUAUAGAGAAAGAUAGACUAUAUUAGAGAUAUUUUUGGAAAGGAAUCAGUCUAUGCAAUGCCAGUUUGGAAUCUUCUUGAAAGACAGUUUAACGUUUUUACUAGGAGAUUUAAAGAAAAUAAAAGUCUACGAUAUUUUUAGGUUACUUUUUUUUUUCCUGGUCACCCCAAACUGACCGUAUGGUGUGAUCUAUCGGGAUGGAGAUCUGCCAUGUUCUCCUCUCUCUUAGGGAGUUGAACUGGGAAAUGGGUGGGGGUGGGGGUACCUUUGGGUUUGUUUUUGUUUUUUUUUUUUUUUUUUUGGCCUUUAAAAAAAAAAAACCCUCAUUUCUAAUAGAAUGUUGCCACCACCACCACUCUUAUUUAGAGGGCUGUGUUUAUAUCUCUGUCCUGGCUUCCGUUGUAGAAAUUCACAUUGUAAGUGGAAAUCAGCCUAGUGUCAGUGUCUUGGUUUGGGGGGAAAAAUUAAAUGUUGCAGUUUUUGGUUGUUACGGCA